CGCCGUGCUACGUCAGACGCCGCGCGGGAGCGAGCCCGGCAGCGGCGGGAGCGGCGGAUGGGACGGACACGCGGGGCCCGCACCCCGGCAACGAGGCUCUGAAGAGAAAGCAGAAUGUCGCUCUACGAUGACCUGGCCGUGGAGACGAGCGACUCGAAAACAGAAGGUUGGUCCAAGAACUUCAAACUCCUGCAGUCUCAGCUUCAGGUGAAGAAAGCCACGCUGACACAAACAAAGACCCAGCGUUCGAAGCAGAGUACGGUUUUGGCUCCCGUGAUCGACCUGAAGCGUGCCGCUGCUGGCGAGGAACGGCAGAUUGUUGACACGCCACCCCACAUCGCCUCUGGCUUAAAGGACCCGGUGCCCAGUGGCUUCUCCACGGGCGAGGUGCUGAUCCCUCUGGCCGACGAGUACGACCCCAUGUACCCAAACGACUACGAGAAGGUUGUGAAACGCCAGCGCGAGGACAGGCAGAGACAGCGGGAGCUGGAGCGACAGAAAGAAAUAGAAGAGAGAGAGAACGUACCAUUUCUGUGUGUUGAACCUUCCAGGAGAAGGAAGGAACGGCACGAACAACCCAGCGGCUUCGCAAGACGACCCGACCCAGAAUCAGACGAAGAUGAUGAAGACAGGGAGAAGGAAAGGCGGAAAAGAAGUAUGGGAGGAGCUGCCAUCGCCCCGCCCUCAUCACUCGUUGAAAAAGAUAAAGAACUCAUCCCAACGUUCCAGUACGAGGAGGAGCCCCGGUCUCGGAAUGCCCCCGUCAAAGCUGCCAUCCCACCACCGGUGUACGAAGAGCCCGAGAGACCUCGCUCACCGCCUGGCCCCACCAACUCAUUCAUCGCCAACAUGGGCGGCACGGUGGCGCACAAAAUCAUGCAGAAGUACGGCUUCCGUGAAGGGCAAGGCCUGGGGAAGCACGAGCAGGGGCUGAGCACCGCGCUGUCCGUGGAGAAGACCAGCAAACGAGGAGGGAAGAUCAUCGUCGGUGACAGCGCAGAGAAAGUCGAGAUGCCCCCUGCGUCCAAGAAAUCAGAAGCAAACCCUCUGACAGAGAUCCUGAAAAAUCCCACUAAAGUGGUUCUACUGCGGAACAUGGUUGGCCCGGGGGAGGUUGAUGAUGACCUGGAAGGUGAAACCAAGGAGGAGUGUGAAAAGUACGGCAAAGUGACCAAGUGUGUCAUAUUCGAGAUUCCUAGUGCACCUGACGAUGAAGCCGUGCGGAUAUUUAUCGAGUUCGAGCGGGUUGAGUCAGCAAUCAAAGCCUUGGUGGACCUGAACACGAGAUACUUCGGGGGCAGAGUGGUGAAGGCUUGUUUCUACAACCUGGACAAAUUCCGCCAGUUGGACCUGGGGGACCUCUUCUGAAAGUGCCAGCCCUUUGGCCUUCAGUCAACGGAGUCAACAUUCCUUUGGGCAUGAAGACGCAGGAGGAGAAUUAUGAUCGAUUCUUACAAUGUCGACAGCCAUCCUAAGUCGUAGCUACAAGGAACUGCAGAUGCGGGGAUCUUACAUGGAACAUAAUGCUGGAGUAACUCAGUGGGCUGGGCAACACCUCUGGAACAAGGGGCCUUCAACACCCUGCACCUCCCCCCCCUACCCCCCCCCACCUGCAUCCACCUAUCACUUGUGUACUG